AUGGUGAAAUUCGUGGUGGUUACUGGAGGAUCCGUGAGCGGAUUGGGGAAGGGUACUUUGGCGUCGUCGGUGGGUGUGGUUUUGCGUUCCUGUGGUUACCGCGUAACUGCGGUUAAGAUUGACCCGUAUCUGAAUGUGGAUGCGGGGACGAUAGCUCCUGGUGAGCAUGGAGAGGUGUUUGUCUUGCAUGACGGUCACGAAGGGGAUCUCGAUUUGGGAAACUAUGAGCGUGCAUUGGAUAUCAGCCUUACUAAGGAUCAUAAUGUUACCACUGGCAAGAUAUACCGGAAAAUAAUACAAGCUGAGAGGAAUGGAGAUUACUUGGGAGCUACAGUUCAAAUGGUACCGCAUGUGACGGAUGCAAUUCAAGAAUGGAUAAAUCGAAUAUCGCGUGGAAGUGUUGACGGUUUAGAAGGACCACCGGAAGUAUGUUUGCUAGAGGUUGGGGGUACAGUCGGUGACAUAGAGAGUAGUGUUUAUCUAGAGGCGUUGCAGCAGUUCUUCUCUCGAUUAGAUAGAUCAGAUUAUUGUCUUUGCCAUAUAGUGUUUAUACCCCAAAUUGGCUCGGAACAAAAGACCAAGUGUGCGCAGCACUCAUUCAAAUCACUCAGAGAAGCCGGACUGGCUGCUGAUUUCAUUCUCGGACGUUCAGAGACCAUGCUGGAACCUGGUACGAAAAGGAAACUGUCGGUUUUCGGUGGAAUAAAAGAAACCCAUGUACUCGGACUUCCUCAAGUGGAAUCAGGGUACUACGUUCCUGAGCUCUUGGCCAACCAGAACUUCGCAGCCCUACUCACGCAACGACUUCAACUGCUCACAGAAAAUCCCAAGUCCGAACUCACGUUCUACGGUAACAUGAAGCCAGUCGACGUAUGGCGCGAAAUGGGCAUAAGACUUCGGCACCUUAAAGGCCAAGAACCUGUUCGAAUUGGCUUUGUUGCCAAAUAUAUAGGUAGUAAUGACACGUAUCUCUCGGUUGUUCGGGCCGUCGAACAUAGUGCCACAGAGUGCAUGGUCAACGCAAAGCUGGUUUGGAUAAAAUCAGAACUCUUAGUACUAGAUAGCAAGGAGAACGCAAAAUAUGGGCAAGAGGCAGGGCAAGAGGCACAUCCAGAAGACCGGGCGAGGCAAGGGCAUAAAGGUGACCAAGCUGAUGGUGACCAAGCUGAUGGUGACCAAGCUGAUGGUGACCAAGCUAGAGACAGUCAGGCUGCACAAUAUGAAGGUGGUGAGAGUGCGAGGCGGCUCUGCAAGGAGGAAUGGGCUAAGCUCAAGUCGUGUGCGGGAGUAUUGAUUCCCGGCGGUUUUGGUGAGCGAGGAACGGAGGGGAUGAUAGCCGCAUGCCGGUAUGCCCGAGAGGCCCGGAAGCCGUACUUGGGAAUUUGUUUGGGCAUGCAAUUGGCCUGUGUGGAGGCGGUGCGAACGUUUCUGCAGCGGCCGCUGGCGAACAGUGAGGAGUUUGGGGCAUUGGGUGAGGACCGCGUGGUGAUCUUCAUGCCCGAGACCGUGAACAAGGUGAUGGGAGGGACGAUGCGACUUGGGAACAGAAUCACGAGGUUCGAUACGGGCGACUCGCUGGCAACCAAAAUUUACGAUGGAGCGGCGAAGGUGGUGGAGCGGCACCGGCAUCGGUACGAAUUCAACGUGGACUUUUACCACGAGUUGGCCGAGCAUGGCUACCACUUCGUGGGUAAGGAUGAUACUGGUGACCGUCUGGAAGUGUUGGAGAUCCCAAACCACCCGUUCUUCCUCGGCGUCCAGUACCACCCAGAGCUCACGUCGAAGCCCGGACGACCCAAUCCCUGUUUCCUUGCUUUCGUCUUGGCUUGUGCUGACAAGCUGCAGGCACGGUUCGAUAAGUACCACUCCACUCUCCAACCUGGGGCCGAGUUUUUCAACUGA